AUGACACGGCCAAAAAGCCCCCCAAAUAGAAGGCACGGUCGGUACCUGAGGACCGUAGUUGGCUCGCUAUGAACUGUUAGCCAGGGCCUCGCCAUGGAUUUGUACAAAACGAUGCUGCUUCUGGGAGCGCUGCUCUGCACCGCUGCAGUCUUCGGGGACAUCCAGGACAACUACUCCAAGACGGAGGGGGCGUGGAUCAUCUCGCUGCGUAGACGAGAGUACGCCGUGAACUCGCUGGAAGAGUGCGGCGCCAAAUGUGACACAGAGACGAACUUUGUAUGCAAGUCCUUCAUGUACAUAGAGAAGGACACAGAGUGUUGGACAGCGGAGGAUAACUCCAAAACGGAGCGGGUUAUGUCUCUGUCUCUCUCUCUCUCCUCCAGUCUCACAGAGAAGAAUCUGGAGGUGAACUAUUGCAGGAACCCUGACGGGGAGCCCAAACCCUGGUGCUUAACAACCAGCCUUUCCAAACGUUGGGAAUACUGCGACAUACCCCAAUGCACGUCCCCGCAGCCCACCGUGACCCCUGAGCUGACCUGUGCUUCGGACGAGGGCAAGGCCUACCGGGGAACCAUCGCCACCACGGUCUCCGGCAAGACCUGCCAGCCCUGGUCGUCCCAGAUACCCCACAAUCACAACCGAGCCCCGGAAAAUUACCCCUGCGGAGGCCUUGAAAACAACUACUGCCGUAACCCUGACAACGAGAAGAUGCCCUGGUGCUACACCACAGAUUCGGAGGUGCGCUGGGACUACUGCCAAAUCCCCACAUGUGGAGGCAGUGCUAGACCAGACCAGCCCGUGAUCCCAACGGAGGAGGAUAACUGCUACGUGGGGGAUGGAACCGCCUACCGUGGCACUACGUCAGAGACCAUCAGUGGGAAGAAAUGCCAAGCGUGGGCCGCCAUGACGCCCCACUCGCACUCCAAGACCCAAGAGACCUUCCCAAGGGCGGAUCUGCAGAGGAACUACUGCAGGAACCCGGACGGCGAUCGCGCUCCCUGGUGCUACACCACCAACCCCUCGGUCCGCUGGGAGUUCUGUGACCUGGAGAAGUGUCCCUCUGUCGUCGCCCCCCCCCAAUUGCCGGACCCCAUCCCCUCUGUUACCACCACCGUCACAGAGUCAAUUCCAGAGCGAGAUUGUAGGGUGGGAAACGGCGGCACAUACCGCGGCUCCACCUCCAUGACCAGCGCUGGGGUCACCUGCCAGGCUUGGUCCUCCCAGGUCCCCCACAAACACAACCGCUUCAUUCCCCAGAUGCACCCUGAGUUGGGCCUGGAACGCAAUUACUGCCGUAACCCGGACGACGACGUCAACGGGCCUUGGUGCUACACCACAGACCGCAGCAAGAAGUGGGACUACUGCCAGAUCCCAGAGUGCGCGGUGAGUUGUGGAAAGCCCCCGAUCGAACCCAAGCGCUGCUUUGGUCGUAUAGUGGGAGGGUGCAUCUCCAAACCUCACUCCUGGCCCUGGCAGAUCAGCCUACGGACCCGUGGCGGAAUCCAUUUCUGCGGAGGAACUCUGAUCCACCCCCAGUGGGUGCUCACCGCGGCCCACUGUCUGGAAAGUUCCAAAUUGCCAGCCUUCUACAAAGUGGUGCUGGGUAUCCACAGAGAAUCUGCGAUUGCGAUGUCCAAGCAGGAGAGAAAACUGGACAAGCUGAUCCUGGAGCCCAGCGGAGCGGACAUAGCGCUACUCAAACUGUCAACCCCUGCAAGAAUAAAUGACAAGGUCCUGCCAGCGUGUCUGCCAGAAAGGGACUAUGUGGUUCCCAGCAGAUCCCAAUGCCAUGUUACUGGCUGGGGAGAAACUCAAGGGACGGGCGGAGAAGGCAUUCUGAAGGAGACGGGAUUCCCGGUGAUUGAGAACAAGAUCUGCAACAGGCCGUCCUACCUGAACGGCCGGGUGAAGGACCACGAGAUGUGUGCCGGGAACAUCGAGGGAGGAACUGACAGCUGCCAGGGUGACAGCGGCGGUCCUCUGGUGUGCUACACCCAGAACAAGUUUGUGAUCCAGGGCGUGACGUCCUGGGGUCUGGGCUGUGCCAACGCCAUGAGGCCCGGAGUGUACGCCCGCGUCUCGCACUUUGUUGAUUGGAUCAAGGAAACCAUUGCAACCAAUUAGGGAGCUCUGCUGGCAACCGCCUACCCAAAAUCUACCCACGCACGCAAACACAUUUUUAUAUAUCCCGAGUCAAUAAAUAAUGUGUUAGACACGUAAAA